UCAGUCAUUCAUCCUCCCCCCCACCACACCAGGACCAUUUUGGUGCCCCUACUCGUUGCCUCCCCUGCUCACCACCACCCUCACUCAAGCCUUCUUGACAGCUCCCUGCCCUUCUUCCCUUUCAGCCUGGAGCAGCUGUGUUCUCUGUCCUACUUCUAACCAAAACCUACUCUCAGGAGAAGACUUGGUACCUUUCUUUAUACUUGAGAGGACAUUCUGUCCUUUUAUCUUCUAGUUAUUCUAUCGUCAGUCCUUUCCUUAUUAUGAAUUAGCAAACACAAAAUCUUUGUUCCCCAGGGUAAAGAAAAGAAUUUUAAGAGGUGGUUUUUCUCAGCCCCCUCAGCACCCUAGUCUAUUUCUAACACCAACAAGACAAAACAAGGGAGAGGAAAGGAGAAGGAGAUGGAGGACCAGUUGCAGGAGAGAAAGGAGAAAAAAAUCCACAGUGGGGGUGGAGGAAGAUCUCUGACUGCUUAACGACCCAUCCUGUGGUUUUCAAAGACUGAAUAUAACAGCUAUGAAAGUGUGAGCAAUGACGAAACUGGAGAGAUGGGGUUUUAACAAGAUGCAAGAACAAUCUGAGGACUGAGAGCCAUUUCAACGUGAGCCCCCAGCCUGAGAGCAAGAAAGAACUUCUGUCUGGAGGAGACUGAAGCCAAGGAUACCAGCAGAGCCAACAUUUGCUUCAAGUUCCUGGGCCUGCUGACAGCGUGCAGGAUGCUGAUGGAAACUGGCAGAGGCUGCUGUGCCCUGGCCAUCCUGCUGGCAAUUGUGGACAUCCAGUCUGGUGGAUGCAUUAACAUCACCAGCUCAGCUUUCCAGGAAGGAACACAACUGAACUUAAUCUGCACUGUGUGGCAUAAGAAAGAAGAGGCUGAGGGGUUGGUAGUGUUUUUGUGCAAGGACAAGUCUAGAGACUGUUUUCCUGAGACCAGUUUAAAACAGCUGAGACUUAAAAGGGAUCCUGGGAUAGAUGGUGUUGGUGAAAUAUCAUCUGAGUUAGUGUUCACCAUAAGCCAAGUCACACCGUCGCACAGUGGGACCUACCAGUGUUGUGCCACAAGCCAGAAGUCAGGUAUCCGCCUUCAGGGCCAUUUCUUCUCCCUUCUAGUCACAGAGACAGGGAACUACACAGUGACGGGACUGAAACAAAGACAACACCUUGAGUUCAGCCAUAAUGAAGGCACUCUCAGUUCAGGCUUCCUACAAGAAAAGGUCUGGGUAAUGCUGGUCACCAGCCUCGUGGUCCUUCAAGCUUUGUAAGCCUUGUGCCAAAAAAAAAGUUUUUAAAAAGCUACAGCAAGAUGAGUCUGACUCUAGCUUAGUAUGUUUCUCAUUACAACAGGCACAGAGAAGAAAGCAACGGGACAUAGGGGAAGAGAUGCUAAAUAUACCAAGAAUCUGUGGAAAUAUAAGCUGGGGCAAAUCAGUGUGAUCCUUGAUUUUGCUGCUCACCAUCAGAGCAAACCUGCCUUCUUCCCUCCUAAGCUCCAGUAAAUAAACAGAACAGUUUUCACCAAAGUGGCUGGUAUAGUCCUCAAAUAUUGGAUAAAUAUGUGCGUUUUUGUACCCCAGAACAAUUUUUCCUCCCUCCUCCUCAACAUAGUAAAAUAAGUCAAACAAAAUGAGAACACCAAAUUUGGGGGGAAUAAUUUUUUAUUUAACACUGUAAAGGAAAGAGAAAGAAAACAAGCAGAGAUAGGUAGGACAGAAAGGAAGACAGCCAGACCCAGUGACUGACUUGGCAUGAAAAUGAGGAAAUGCAGACAGACCUCAACAUUCAAAAACAUCCACACAGCACUGCUGGAGGAAGAGGAAGAUCUGUGCAGACCAGGAGCACCACAGGCUACAACUGCCCAGCUUCAACUCAACACUUGUUAACCUCUUUGGUCAUUUCUCUUUUUAAAUAAAUGCCCAUAGCAGUA